CAUAUGAAGAACGGUGGCCUAAUUUCUUCGUGCACAAUAGACGUGUCGGCCCAGCUGUGGAGUCGCAAAGAAGGGAUUCCUAAAAGCGUUUGCCUCUUAACUCAGACUUGAUGCUUUGCUGAGACGAUGUUGCAAAUGAUCGAAGGCAACAUUUGACAAGCUGUUGUUUACCACAGUUUACUUCCCUAGCCUUGUUUUCCCUAUGAUCAACCGGUAGCCUGAAGACCAAUAAAUUAGCUUCGAACAAACAAGAACACGACGAGCUGUGCGAUGGGCUUCAAUAAAAUUGAUGCUUAUUUAUGGAUUCGUGGACAGUUUAAGCCUGUGAAGAUUGGAUUUUCAUUCGCAAGCAGGAGUGACUUUACUAACCCGAAGUUUCCAUGGCUGCCAAAACUUGUUCUGGUUGUCACAAGAAGUAUUUUCGCAUUGUACACAGUCGCCUUUGCAGUUGCAAGUGUUUUGGAGAAUGGAACAGCAUUCCUUCAGCAAAUGCCUCAGUUUUCACAAGCACUGGGUGCCAUUUAUUUCUUUGUCAGUGCUAUUUGUACUGAAGUGUCUUUCUUCAGGAAGAUACGACGAUUUAGCACACAUAGAGAGACAUUCUUUGCUAGCCACAAAAGAAAACUGAACAAAAGCCCAACACUGGAAACCAUUUCUGAUGCUGAACAACAACUACCAUUCACAAGUCAAACUGACAUUCCAGAAAGACUAAUCGAAGCAUCAUUUCAGCCAGUUUACAAAGAGACAACACAGGUACAGGAAACAAAACUGAUGAACCUUUUUUGGUAUCACAAGCUUCAGUGGAUCCUUUAUGACCUAGCAAUAUGUCUCAAUUUCAGCUUCACAGCUGCAGCACUGUUUUAUCAAGAAAAUAUCUUCUUUUCAAGUUCAAAAGGUAAGUUGUUACGGAUACACACAUAUGGUGUGACAACUGCCUUUCUCCUUGUUGAUUUUCUUUUAAAUUCUGUCCCUGUAAGGGUUGCUCAUAUCAUUUAUCCCCUGGCUUUGAAUACUCUGUAUUUCAUUGCCGUUGUUAUAUAUAACAAGUCACUGAAUGGUACAGCAAGGCUUUUGCCAGAAGUGAAUUGUACAGGAACUGAUUGUCUGGUGCAAAUAGCAGUCAUUCUUGGAGCAGGCUCAUUUGCAGUUCACAUCACUUUGUUUAUGAUCAAGUCUUUGCUGGACCUUGGUGCAAGACACCCAGCAAAGAAGUCUUCAGAACCACCACAGACAUCAUCUCGCCCUACUUUAAGAAAGAUAUCUCGAGCCAGCCGAAAUUCAGAUUCCACUCAGAUGACAUCACUUGAUGGCUACAAGACUUAUGCAUCAAAGUAAUAAGUUGGAGUACUAAUCACCUCACUCUUUAGCACACUCAAAAGCACUAGCAUUAAGAGUCAUCUCUGAUUUAUAACUUGUGACGUUGAUAUUGUAAGAACUAAUUGAAGCCAUCUUGUUUUCACUUUGGGCAUAUAUACUAGAGUAUGACAAAAGUAUCUAUUAAGUUUAAGAUAUGCUAGAUCACAAACCUUAUACAAAACGUUUACCAGGACCAAUGCAGUACAUUAUAUUAAUGCAGUACAUGGUUAGGAGCUUCUAAUAUCUGGUUAUAAAAGUUUUUAUCACAUUCUUAGAAAUUCGUCAAUUUUAAGAGGUUAGCUGUGGCUUAAACCAUUAUCUUGCCCUAUUAUGCAUUGCUGUCUUGGUUGAUAAGGUUAUCGUGCUUUUAUAAAAAACAAAGCUUUGUAUCCAGUCUUAAUCCGAUACAGUCCUAAGGUUUUAUCUACACUAAAUUUCUUUCACAAAUUGCAAAAACCUUAUCCUUUAAAAUGCGAUUUCCUGUUUAAAUUUGAAAGUUCAAUUUUUAUCUCAAACUUGAAAGCUGUAUUGUAAUUCAUGAAAGUAAAUUAUUGCCUUAAAGUACCAUAGACACUUAAUUGCCCUUACACAAUGCAAUUUGAAUAGCAUUAGAUGAAAGUGUCAUUUAAAGACCCGUGGCUUGUGUUUGGGAGGGCAAUCCACCUGUUCAUGUCUUUUAAAUCAACUAUUUGGUAAAUUGGUUUUAAGGGUUUUAAUAAGCAUUGAGGAAAGUUGUAGAACGUUACUCACAUUCAUUUUGUCCAUGAAUGUAUCAUUAUUAAGUAUGUCGUUUAACACGUUUCAUAUAUUGUACAUACAAAUCCAAAAACACAUCAACGUUGGAAUUUUAAUUGGGAACAAGGAGUGACCAUUUAUUUUUUGACAUAUGUAUUUUAUUUUGAAUAUUUUAUUUUGAAGCAUUACGCAUUUACGUUUUGUAUCCAAAACAGUUUUUAAGUUGUGGUUGGUGUUUUGUAUAAUUCAUUAUUCACAGUUUGUAUGGAUGCCCUGGGAAUGCUUUUUAACUUAGAUAUAUUCUGAAUCCCCUCAUUAGUUUUUGUUUGGUCUGCGAUAGUUAACAGAGACAGGAACCAAAUUAUACCACUAAGACUUUUGAGAGCCACAAAUAUUUGGGCUGGUGCCCCAAAGAUGAAAUAUAUCCAAUCUCUUCUUAGAUUUAAAUGUUAAACCCCGGACAUAUUAACCCAACACAGGUCUGGCAUAUAAAAACAAGGCAUAAGAUUUCAUCCUAACUUUUUGGGACCGCGCUCAGCUCUGGCUCUGUGACACUUAACCCUUCCUGCCCUUUUCUUGGUGGACAUGACAUCAGGAAAACGCUGACUCAAAGUAAGGAGGCAGCUCUUUUGAAAACUUAAUGGUUAGAUUUGUUUUUAAAUGAUCAUCCUUCUUUUUCAAUAACCUCAUUAAUGCAUCGCAGCGUAUCAGUAGCAGAUUUUAGAAUUAGAAUCACCAAACACGCACACGUUUGUUCUUCUCUCACACAAAACAGCCGGAUAACAGCCAUUUUGUGCUGAAUUUCGGACAAAGUCCUUAACGGAGGGGACUUGAUAUUAUUGCUACAACUACCAAACAAGUAAGAUCGGUACGCAAUAUUAUUUCUGCGAAUUUGAAUUUCUUGAAAUUACGAAUGGAAUUUCUGCUCUGAUAGGGGGAGGGUUGUUGAAAUUUUAGUAUGCUCAUGAGGCACCCUGUAACACUAAAGCCCAUAAUUGUGCAGUUUCUACGCAUUAAUGACAGCUAGUAUGUUGUAAUAAUCAAAGCUACUUUCGCCUCCGUAAAGAUCUGAUUUCGUUAGCAAUGGCCUCAAGAUCCUUUAGGGUUGUCCUCAGCAGACGAGAAGGAUUGCUGAAAAUAUUUAUGGGUGGGGGUUGCAGUUGAUAUGGACUAGAAACCUGCCUGAUUGUUCACUGCAUAUUAACGUAGUCUAAUACUUACGUGUGUCUACGCGAGAGGGACGUGACUGUGUACGAGAUUCGUGCAAAACGACUUUGUGUGAAAAGGAAAGCUUGAGAACAAAUAUUUACUCUCUUGAAGCAUUCAUAGAUUGCGAAAAAAAUUUGCCAAAUUCGUUAACGGGGUUUCAAUGGGAGGGGGAUUAGGAGUAAAUUUUCGCAAUUGUUUUGGGGGUAGUUUAGGGUACGAUACAGUUGCGUAUCGGAGGCGGCUGGAGGCCCCUAGGUUUUUCAUUUCGAGGCCCCUGGGUUUUUCAUUUCGAGACCCCUAGGCUUUUCAUGCGAGGCCCCCCAAUAAUAAGCGUUGGUAAAACAGUUCAGACAAAGCAUGAAAUGCUACUGAACAGACUUUCCAGUCAUUCAGAUUUUAGAGCGAUGUAUCAUAAAGGCUUGGGGACCCAUGAACUCAUCUAUCUUUUCCAGAAUACCUACUUCAUAGUCAAACAAGAUAAACAAUAGUUUUUCUUUGUGGCCCCUAAACGAGGAACCCCUUAGUUUUUUAACUAAAGGUAACUUUAGUCCGUUACGCCUCUGGUGCGGUAACUGGCGACUUUAAAGUAAAUUAUACUAUGAUGUACACAACUCCGUGGAAAUAUAUUACACAUUUACAUAUUGUUGCGUGUUAAAAAGCAUUUCGUGUGAUGGUGUAUCGUGUUUACGUAUCGAACUAGGUGUGUCUAUGUUGUCGUGUUGCAUAGCAGCAUCGAUUUAGGUGCUUAAUAAAUUUUAGCAAGUAGAAUACCAACUAAGCUUGUUCUUAAGAUGGUUUUAACAAAUAAUCUUCUGCAUAUUCAGUCACUAUUAGUAAUUUGUGUAAAUAGAAUCAAUAAUACCGACAAAA